AUGCUUGGAGAUGUGAGCUCUGUCCUUUCGCGUGCUUCUUGUGUAUUUCUAUUCCUGCUGUGGAUAACACUCGGGAUCGACGUGGUCGAUGUGGACGGGUCCCAUCAAGGGAUACCACUAUCCGUUGUAAAACUAUGGGCCUCUGCUUUUGGAGGGGAGAUCAAAUCCAUCUCGGCCAAGUACUCGGGUUCUCAACUUCUACAGAAGAAAUAUAAGGAGUAUGAGCGCUCGGUGCACGUUGAGGAGAUAGACGGACUGAAACUGGUGAAGAAACUGGCGGAGAACAUGGAGGAGAUGUUCCACAAGAAGGCAGACGCCAUGAAGCGGCUGGUGGAGGCAGCAGAGGAGGCCCACCUGCAGCACGAGGAGGACCCAGACCUGCAGUAUGAGUACUUCAAUGCGGUGCUGAUAAACGAGGUGGAUGACGAGGGCAACAGUGUGGAGCUGGGAGGAGAGUUCAUCCUGCAGCCAAACGACCACUUCAACAACCUGUCGGUGAACCUCAGCCUCAGCGUGGUGCAGGUGCCCACCAACAUGUACAACAAAGACUCGGCCAUUGUGAAUGGAGUGUACUGGUCAGAGGCCCUGAACAAGGUGUUCGUGGACAACUUUGAAAGGGACCCUUCCCUGAUAUGGCAGUACUUUGGCAGUGCAAAGGGAUUCUUCAGGCAGUAUCCAGGAAUCAAAUGGACUCCAGAUGAGCAUGGUGUCAUAGCGUUUGACUGUCGAAAUCGAAAAUGGUAUAUCCAGGCGGCGACGUCACCUAAAGAUGUGGUGAUCCUGGUGGACGUUAGUGGCAGUAUGAAGGGGCUGAGGCUGACCAUCGCCCGCCAGACCGUGUCCUCCAUACUCGACACGCUCGGGGACGACGACUUCUUCAACAUCAUCGCGUACAACGAGGAGCUGCAAUACGUGGAACCUUGUUUGAACGAAACACUGGUCCAGGCUGAUGUCACCAACAAAAAUCAUUUCCGGGAGCACCUGAAUAAGCUGUUUGCCAAAGGCAUUGGCAUGCUGGACAUGGCCCUGACUGAGGCGUUUGAGCUUCUCAACGAUUUCAACCAGACAGGAAGAGGGAGUGUGUGUAGCCAGGCCAUCAUGUUGGUGACGGAUGGAGCGGUGGACACGUACGAUGCCGUCUUCGCCAAGUACAACUGGCCAGACAGGAAGGUCCGCAUAUUCCCUUACCUUAUUGGCCGUGAGUCUGCUUUCGCUGAUAAUCUGAAAUGGAUGGCCUGCGCCAACAAAGGUUACUUCACGCAGAUCUCCACCCUGGCAGACGUGCAGGAGAACGUGAUGGAGUAUCUGCACGUGCUCAGUAGGCCCAAAGUCAUCGAUCAAGAGCACGACACUGUGUGGACAGAGGCCUACAUAGACAAUACGCUUCCUCAGGCUCAGCAGCUGGAAGACAACCAAGGGCCUGUUCUGAUGACCACCGUAGCCAUGCCGGUGUUCAGCACCAAAAACGAGACGAGGAACCAAGGCAUCCUGCUCGGAGUGGUUGGCACCGACGUUCCUGUGUCUGAGCUUCUCAAGGCCAUCCCGAAAUGGAAGCUGGGUAUCCAUGGAUAUGCUUUUGCCAUCACCAACAACGGUUACAUCCUUACCCACCCAGACAUGAGGCCUCUGUAUGAGGAGGGGAAGAAGAGGAAAAAGCCCAACUACAGCAGUGUGGAUCUGUCAGAGGUGGAGUGGGAGGACAAGGAGCAUGUGUUACGCAAUGCCAUGGUGAACCGCAAGACCGGGACAUUCUCCAUGGAGGUCAAGAAGACCAUCGAUAAAGGGAGACGUGUGCUUGUCCUGCACAAUGACUAUUACUACACAGACAUUGAAGAGACCCCUUUCAGCCUAGGGGUGGCGCUCUCCAGAGGACAUGGGAAAUAUUUCUUCAGAGGGAGUGUCACCAUAGAGGAAGGCCUGCAUGACCUGGAGCACCCCGAUGUGGCAUUGGCAGAUGAGUGGACCUAUUGCAACACUGACGAGCACCCAGAGCAUCGCUACCUGUCCCAAACCGAAGCCAUCAAGCUCUACCUCAGCGGCGAUGAGCCACACCUCAAGUGUGAUAAGGAGUUGGUGCAGGAGGUGCUGUUUGAUGCCGUGGUCACUGCUCCAUUGGAGGCUUACUGGACCAGCCUGGCUCUCAACAAAUCAGAGAACUCCGACAAGGGGGUGGAGAUAGCUUACCUGGGCACUCGCACCGGCCUAUCACGGAUCAACUUGUUUGUGGUGCCUGAUCAACUGACCAAUCAAGACUUCCUGACAGCUGAAGACAAAGAAGGAGUUUUUACAGCAGACCACUUUCCUCUGUGGUACAAGAGGGCCGCCGAACAAAUACCUGGCACCUUCGUCUACUCUCUGUCUAUUCACCCAGGAAAUGAGAACAAGAGUGUGGUGCUGGCCAGCACAGCCAUUCAGCUCCUGGACGAGAGGAAGUCCCCCAUCGCUGCAGCUGUUGGGAUCCAGAUGAAGCUGGAGUUCUUCCAGAGGAAGUUCUGGACUGCCAGCAGACAGUGCGCUGCUCUCGAUGGGAAGUGCUCCAUCAGCUGUGAUAACGAGGACAUCGGCUGCUACCUCAUAGACAACAAUGGCUUCAUCCUGGUGGCAGAGGAAACCUCUUUGACCGGUAUGUUCUUCGGUGAGGUGGAGGGGGCUGUUAUGAACAGACUGUUGGACAUGGACUCCUUCAAGAGGGUAACCCUCUAUAACUUCCAGGCUACCUGCAGGAUUGAAGCAGAGAGCAGUGCCAGUGCUCACAGCCUUCUAGAUCCGUACUUUGCUGUCUACGCUGCAGUCAAAUGGCUACUCACAGAGCUUGUCAUUUUCCUGGUGGAGUUUAACUUGUACAGCUGGUGGUACUCGGAUCUCACAGCCAAAGCUCAGAGACUAGGCAAGACCAUGCUCGUCCCCUGUGACACAGAGUACCCGGCCUUCAUCUCGGAGCGCACCAUCAAAGAGACCACGGGGAACAUUGACUGCGCUGAAUGCAUCAAGUCGUUUGUCAUCCAGCAGAUCCCCAGCAGUAACCUCUUCAUGGUGGUGGUGGACAACAAGUGCGACUGCAGAGACGCCGGCCCAGUCACCAUGGACCCCAUCGAGAUCAUGUAUAACGAGUCUUUGAAAUGUGACCGGCUGAGGUUUCAGAAGGACAGGAGACGGCCAGACACCUGUCACCCCUUCCACCCAGAGGAGAACUCCAUGCAGUGCGGUGGAGUCCAUAACCUAACCCCGUCUCUCACGGCAACACUGCUCGCACUUUUGGCCGCCCUGUUCCCCAGGUGACGACAGAUGACGCCGCCUCCAGCGUCCUCAAGCUUGGCUCAGCACAGUCCGGCUUGGCUAGGCAUGCACAAAAAACAUGGAUAAGUAAAUAAAUAAAUAAACAAGAUAAAAAACGAUUUAAAAAGAUUUAGUUAUGUCCCACGAAGCAACAGAGAAAAAAAAACAUUAAGUGAUUCCAGACUAACAAGUUUCACCUGGACUCAGACACCGAUCUCCUGCAGCGCAACGAGUCACACCCCUCCCCCCUCCCCUCCUCUCUUAUGAAGACAUUUUUAUGGACGUUCAUGACUUUAAAGAAUAAAUGUGUUAAUAUUAAAAAGAUAUACGAGUCAUCGGCUGGUGUAAUACUGCCAUGUUUGUUGAUUUUUCUGAAUUGUCAAUAAAAAGUCAGAUGGUAUGUGGAUAGAUAUACAUAUGAUUAAAAAAAACAUAUUUAAGAAUACAAAAAAAAUAUAAUUAUGAAUAUGUAAGUAUGUUUAAAAAAACAGAACGUUUUAUCUUUGAUUUCGCAAGUGGUAACCAUACAACUGUGACCCCAGACCGUAUGAGUCUGCUGACAUGAAUGGUUAUUCUAUUUGAGCUUUGCCUUAUUCUGAACGAUAUUGGUCCUGUUUGUGUACUUUUGAAAUAAAAAAUGAGAAA